UGUGAUGGUUGGCGAGGCAGCGAGCUGCGGACUUCUAUAAAGAAAAAGUCAGCGCCCGGCCUCGAGGGAGAGCUCAGCAGACUCGGACCAGCACCACCGGCUCUAGAGUUUCUAGAGUUUGAACCUUUCUGGUAGAAGAACCCCAAGGAAAACUGAUCGGUUUCCAAAAGCAUGGCCCAUUUUCAGGGAUCAGUGACAUUCAGGGAUGUGGCCAUAGCCUUCUCUCACCAGGAGUGGGAGAGUCUGGAUUCUGCUCAGAAGGACUUGUACAGAGAUGUGAUGUUGGAGAACUAUAGGAACCUCAUCUCCCUGGGUCAUUCCCGUCCUAAACCACAUGUGAUCACCUUAUUGGAACAAUGGAAAGAGCCCUGGAUGAUGGUAAAGAAAGCUCCAAGAAGACAGUACACAGGUUUUCGGUUCAAGGAUGAGAUAAUCAGCUAUAAUGAAAUAUCCACCUAUGAAAAAUGUGCAUCUUUUGCUCUGCAUCAGAGAAAUCUUAAUAGAGAGAAACCAUAUGAAUGCCAGGAAUGUGAGAAGACUUUUUGUCAAGUCUCAAAGCAUGUUCAACAUGAGAAAAUAUGUCCUAGUGAAAAAACCUACCAGUGUAAAGAAUGUGGGGAGAACUUUAGAAACGGACAUCAGCUCACUGUACAUCAGAGGUUGCAUGUUGGUGAGAAAUCCUAUAAAUGCAAGAAAUGUGGGAAAGCCUUUAAUAGAGGCUCAGCCUUUGUUAAGCAUGAAAGAACUCAUACUGGUGAGAAACCAUAUGCGUGUGGGGAAUGUGGAAAAGCUUUUUAUAGUAGCUCAUACCUUGUUCAACAUCAAAGAACCCAUAAUGGUGAGAAACCCUACGAAUGUAAGGAAUGUGGGAAAGCUUUUAUAGUGUAUGGAAAGCUUAUUCGGCAUCAGAGUAUUCAUACUGGUGAAAAACCUUUUGUCUGUAAAGAAUGUGGAAAGGCCUUUAGUACCUUCUCCUACCUUGUUCAACAUCUGCGAAUUCAUACUGGCGAAAAACCCUAUGAAUGUAAAGAAUGUGGGAAGGCCUUUAGUACUAGCUCCCCCCUUGUUAAACAUCAGAGAAUUCACACAGGUGAGAAACCCUAUGAGUGUAAAGAAUGUGGGAAGGCCUUUACUGUGUAUGGACAACUUACUCGACAUCAGAGUAUUCAUACUGGUGAGAAACCCUUUGAAUGCAAGGAAUGUGGAAAGGCCUUUAGACUUAGUUCAUUUCUUAAUGCACAUCAGCGAGUUCAUGCAGGAGUUAAGCCCUAUGAAUGCAAGGAAUGUGGAAAAGCCUUUAGUCGUGCCUCAUACCUUGUUCAACAUGAAAGGCUUCAUACAGGUGAGAAACCCUAUGAGUGUAAGGAGUGUAGCAAGGCCUUUAGUACUGGUUCAUACCUGGUUCAGCAUCAGAGAAUUCAUACUGGUGAGAAACCCUAUGAAUGUCAGGUAUGUGGAAAGGCUUUUAUUAGUCGCCAUCAACUUACUGUACAUCAGAGGGUUCAUACUGGUGAGAAACCCUAUGAGUGUAAGGAAUGUGGAAAGGCCUUUAGAGUACAUGUACAUCUGACACAACAUCAGAAAAUUCAUAUUGAUGUGAAACCCUAUGAAUGCAAGGAAUGUGGAAAAACUUUUAGUCGUGCCUCAUACCUCGUACAACAUGGGAGAAUCCAUACUGGUGAGAAACCCUAUGAGUGUAAGGAAUGUGGGAAGGCCUUUAGUUCUGGCUCUUACCUCAUUCAGCAUCAAAGAAUUCACACUGGUGAGAAACCUUAUGAAUGUAACAUAUGUGGGAAAGCCUUUACUGUGUAUGGACAACUUAUUGGGCAUCAGAGCGUUCAUACAGGUGAGAAACCCUUUGAAUGUAAGGAAUGUGGAAAGACCUUUAGACUUAAUUCAUUCCUUACUGAACAUCAGAGGAUGCACACUGGUGAGAAACCCUUUAAAUGUAAAAAAUGUGAGAAAGCCUUUAGAUAUAGUUCAGCCCUUAAAGCACAUCACAGAAAUCAUAUGUGUGUAAAAUCCUAAGAAUUUAAGGAAUUUAAGAAGUCCUUUAUGUAUGGCUCUAACAUUGUUCAGCAUCAGAGAAUUCAUGCUGGUGAGAAACUUAAAUAUAAAAUAUGUUGGUAGGCCUCUAGAAAAUAUUCUCAUCUUUCUUUUAUUAGAGAAUUCAUGAUGGGAAUUCCCUGGUGGUCCAGUGGUUAGGACUCUGUGCUUUCACUGUGAAGGCAUGGGUUUGAUCCCUGGUUGGGGAACUAAGAUCCCACAAGCCACGUGGUGCGGCCAAAAAAGAAAAAGAGAAUCCAUAAUGUAAUUCAGAAAACAUAAAAAAGCCUUCAUUUGUCAUUCCUGUGUUUACAUUAUCAGAAUAUCAUCACCAUACUGGUGGCCAAUUCAGAAAA